AUAUAAUUUUGAUGUAAGUAAUACAUCUGUCAGCUGCUCCUUACCUUCGGAGGACUCAUCAUGACCGAGGCAAGAAGUGAGAAAUUAAAGAAAAAAGUGUUCUGGCCGCAAUGGAUCGCUGGUUGUGGAGUCUGGUUGUUGAUAACGGAACUGGGAUUAGUGGGAGGAUGGUCGUCUCCGUACAUCAACUACUUAACUUCUGCAGAAUCUACAUUUCCGGUGACACUAUCGGAAAUAUCGUGGGUGGUGUCGUUAUUCAAUCUGGGAAGAUUUUUCGGUGCUAUCGGAGGCGCUAUAUGCGUCAACUACGUCGGCAGCAAGACAACAAUUACGAUCAGCACUGUGCCCAUCUCGCUUGGUUGGCUGUUCAUCAUCUUGGCUAACAGCGUGGAGUGGUUAUACGUCUCGAGAUUUUGCAGUGGCAUCAGCCUAGGGAUAACUUACAGCUGCUAUUCUAUAUAUCUAGGGGAAAUAGCGGAUCCUACCAUCCGAGGAGCGUUGAUGGCACUAGGCACGAGCGGCGUAGCGACAGGAAACUUUAUAAUGAGUGUUAUGGGAGCGUAUUUGUCGAUGACUGUAUCAGCCAUGAUAGCCUUAGUUUUUUGCCUUUUGCUAAUGAUUCUUUUCAUCUGGCUGCCAGAAUCCCCUCAUCAUUUAAUUAAGAAAAGCUUGGACGAGAAAGCAAAAUCAUCGAUUCAAUGGUACCAUAGAGACUAUGACGUAGAAUCGGAAUUCAUGGACUUACGAAAGUUUGUUGAAAAUGUCAAUAAGCAAACGUUAACAGACUCUCUCAGGGAGUUAAAAAUUGUUCAUUUCCGUAAGUCGAUUAUUAUUGUUACGAUUCUUACCGCGUACGCUCAAUUGAGCGGAAUCAAUAACAUUUCGUUUUACAUGGAGUCGAUCUUCAUGUCCGCAAAAGUUAGCGUGAUGGACCCAGCGCAAGUGGUGAUAAUAGUGAUGGCAUGUGGUAUCAUUGGAUCUUGUUUAUCAAUGCUUUUAAUGGACAGACUUGGGAGGAAAAUUGUUAUGGUCAUAUCGUGCACUGGAAUCGCGUUAUCUUUAAGUCUGUUAACGGUCGAGUUUCAAUUGUUAGAUUUUGGUUUUGAUUCAAAAACAGUGGAAGGACUAGCGAUUACCGGAAUGAUAGCUUUCUACAUAACAGUUUUCUCGGGUGUUACUCUCCUACCACCAACGAUGCUUGGCGAACUCUUUCCUCCUCAUCUAAAGUGCAUCGCAGCAUUUAUUAUCAGCAGCACAGCCGCCGUUGUCUCUUUCAUCUCAACCGUCACUUACAUGCCGCUGCUUAAUUUUCUGAACGAACGAUAUUUGUUUCUAUUUUAUGGCCUGUUAGAGGCUACGGCUAUACCAUUUACCUUGAUCUGUGUACCUGAGACGAAAGGAAUGUCCUUGCAAGCAAUUCAGGAUCAACUGACGGGGAAGAGUAAAGCUUGAAGUAUAUCUAGUGUUAAUAAGACUAAUCUCUCUCGUGAGGAAAAUACGGAACAAUUUAUAAUCUCUAAUUGAGUUAUUAUAUGAACGUAUAAAUAUUUUACAAGCGCGCAAAUACGAAUACUGUAAAUAUCAAAAUUCGAAUACUCGCUUUAAAUGUAGACAAUUACUUUUUUAAAUAAACGUAAUAUGGAUUGUGUUA